CACUGGAUGUACAACUGUUGUACAGAGGUGCCUGAGGUGGGAGAAGGUUUUAGGUGGAUUCACGUUUGGACAGAACUUUAGCACAGACUGGAACUGGAUGCAAUGGACGGAAAUAAUUCCAAUGCACCUUCAAAGGAGAUCACUGGGAAUGCAGAAAUUGAUAAGAAAAUUGCAGAAUGGCUACGACUGGAUAAGAAUGAAGAGACAAUAAAGGAGGUAAAACAACUUAUAAAUGAUAAGAACCACAAUGAACUUUACUCAAGAUUCAAACAAAGAAUUGCAUUUGGAACUGCUGGGCUGCGAGCAAAAAUGGGUGCUGGGUUUUCAUUGCUCAACGAUUUGACUGUUAUCCAGGCUUCGCAGGGAUUAUGUAGAUAUCUGGAGAGCAUGUUUCCAAAUGUGAAAAAGAUGGGGAUUGUUAUUGGAUAUGAUGCAAGACAUAACAGUGAAAGAUUGGCUUGUCUUACUGCAGCAGUUUUCUUGAGUCAAGGAAUUCAAGUGUAUUUGUUUAGCAAAAUAGUUCCUACUCCUUUUGUGCCAUAUACAGUAAAGAAAUUUAAUUGUGCAGCUGGUGUUAUGGUGACUGCAUCCCAUAAUCCUAAAGAAUACAAUGGUUAUAAGGUUUACCUUGAUAAUGGGGCCCAAAUAAAGUCUCCUCAUGAUAAACAUAUAUCGGACUGCAUAGAAAAAAAUCUGGAGCCUUGGCAAUCUUCUUGGAAUACGGAUUUGGUAAAAACUUCUCCACAAAGAACAGACCCGUUAAACGACGUGUCAAAACUUUACUACGAGGAUUUACAACAACUCUGCCACUACAGGGACGUAAUGGCGUCAAGCAAACUUAAAAUAACCUACACACCAGUUCAUGGUGUUGGCUACGAGUACGCGGAAAUGGCUUUCAAUGCUUUUGGCCUUCAUUCUUUUGUCCCAGUUGUUGAGCAGAUUGAUCCUGAUCCAGAGUUUAGCACUGUGAAGUAUCCAAAUCCAGAAGAAGGAAAGAGUGUUCUGGAUUUGGCAGUGAAAACUGCGAACGAGAAUGGCAGUACUCUGAUAUUAGCUAAUGAUCCCGACGCAGAUCGUUUGGGUGCUGCAGAAAAACAAACAAACGAUUCGUGGAAGAUUUUGUCUGGUAAUGAGAUUGGAACCUUGCUAGGAUGGUGGCUCAUGGAGUGUCAUAAAAAAAGUCAUCCAAAUGAUAUACCAGGUGAAAAGGUUAGCAUGGUUGCCACGACGGUUUCGUCACAGAUACUAAAAACGAUGGCAAAAGCAGAGGGAUUCCAUUAUGACGAGACGUUGACCGGAUUUAAAUGGAUAGCAAACCGUGCUGUUGAUUUCCAGAAAGAAGGGAAGGUUGUUCUGUUUUCAUUCGAAGAAGCCAUUGGUUUCAUGUGUGGUACAAACGUCUUAGACAAAGAUGGUAUCAGCGCAUGCGUAGUAUUGGCGGAAUUGGCCUGUUAUCUCGCGCAGAAUGGAAUAACUCUGACACAACAACUUGAAUAUAUUUUCAACAAGUAUGGUAUUCAUGUAACCUGUAAUGGUUAUUACCUUUGCUAUGAUGUAAACAUGAUCACAAAGAUUUUCAAUGAUAUCAGAACUGUGAACAAUGGAGAGUAUCCAAAGACGUGUGGAGAGUAUAAAAUCAUUGGUAUACGCGACCUUACUACGGGAUAUGAUAGCAUGCAACCGGAUAACAAAGCUAUACUUCCCGUUAGUUCUUCAAGUCAGAUGAUCACUUUUUACUUUGAUAAUGGUUGUACUGCAACGCUGCGAACAAGCGGCACUGAACCAAAGAUCAAAUAUUAUUCAGAGUUAAUUGCUAAACCGAAUCAAGGGGUGAGCAAAGAGGUUUGUCAGGCAACGAUAAAAGAAGUCGUCAAAUCCAUAGUUCAAGAAUUCUUAAAACCCGAAGAAAACAAUUUGACACCAAUGGCUGAUUAGGGGAACUUCACUGCAUGCAGUAAUUUCGGACAUUGCAAAGUUUCGGAAACUGUCCAGUGACAGGCAUUACAACAUCAGCUUGCAUGUUCGUUGUCGUCCAGAAAGUUCUCAAAUAUUGCAAAUUAUAACGUAAAUCUUAUAAAUUACGGAACAUUUUUCUACCAUUUAUAGAUGCAUGCAUGCAUAUAAAGUAUGAUGUCGAGCUCUCUCUUGUAAUCAUUUCGCAUGAUUUCAUAGAUUAUAAAAUUAUUCAAAACUAUAUGGUGCAUAUUUCUGCAAAAAAAUUUAAAUUUGCUAUAUAUUGGCGCGAAAAUGAUGAAACUGCGGUAUUAAUUGUCAUACAUGCAUGGGUUUAAAAAGCAAAUGCAUCUUGCAAAUGCAUGAUGGCUUUUCAUGCUUUUGUUUCAGUGCAUGCAUGCCAAUAAUAUAGCUAUUAAUAUUGUUUCUAUAAUAUGUAUGUACACAUAUAAUGCGAUUUUUUUACAAAGGAGCUUGUUUCAGAUGUCUAAUAAGUAAUAACAUUCAAGAGAUCCGAGAUCUCGAUAAACUGUCGUGUUCUCCACGCAAUUUACAACAAAAUGAUAUACUCUAAGAUAUUCUUUUAUUAGUUCAUGUAUACUUGCAAUUUAAUAUGUUUAAUCCUGAUUGGUCGUCGUGUCUUCAUACACAUUUAUAGAACUAUUUUGAAGGCACGAAUAUACUUAUAUGUUGUUGAUUUUAUAAAACUCUAAAAAGAUGAAAAUAGCUAAUUCUAUUUUUUGU